GCAAGGUAGACUUGUGGUACAACAUGUACAGAGAGAGAGCGUGGCUGGGAAAAGCGGAAAGAUUCAGACAGGGGACAUGCUGCUCUGGAUGCAAACAGAGAAACGAGGAGGAGCUGGCAAUGUAGAGACGAAGGACCUGCAAGCCGCAGAGCUCGCAGAGUUCUUGGCUGGCGGCCAGGCAGCGACUGUGGAUGUGCUGCGGAUCUUCUUCUUCCGGGCCGGUUGCAAAGAAGAGAUCAUGCUCGAGGUCGACGUCAGAGCCAAGACAUGUCUACAUCGCGAGAAGAGCGUAGGCGCUAGCAGAGCUCAAGGCCAUGACGCUUUCUUCGAGCACAUGAAUGCCCAGAGGUUCCUGACAACCCUGAUGAAACCGGGGAUGAAGAGACCGAACAACCUCAUAGCAAACACAAGUGAGAACUGGGAGCUAUGGGAGGGUCCUGAUGAUGCUGAGGAUACCGAAGUGGAGUGUCUGCUGGACAACUCAGCCCAGCCAGUAGGCAAGUACCUUGUGCAGCAGUCGGGCUGAUCGACCUCAGGCCUCGUUGUCAGCAUAUGAAGAGAGCACGAUCAAUGCUUGCGUUGCGACGAUGAUGGGUUUCUCAUGGCGAUUUCGAACCGUGAUAGCAGGCAUUUUCAUCACCAUUUCCUGCUGCAUUGCGAUGCAUUUUCUCUAUCUUUACCUAGAACAUUCUGCUCUGUAAAUCAAUGCUACCAUUUAA